CUUGCUGGAUGGGGCCGUUCGUUGGAGUCUGAACUACCCGGCCUCCAGAUGCCUCCUGGCUUACUGAGCCUUGACCUCCGCCUGGGAGGGAAAGGAUAGGAUGGGGGAGCCCCUGAUGUCCUUGACUCGGGGCACUGUCCCACGCUCCCCCUGCCUCCCGCCCACAGCUCUGCGAGAGGCAACCAUGUCAUUCACCCCUGGACUUUGACAGUGGCCAAAGGCACCACUCAGUUCUCCAUGCCUGUCUCUUUCUAGCUCCGCUGAGGUCUCUGCUGAGGUCAACCGGAUAUGCCCCCCGGAAGCUGGAACCCCACAACGGCAGUCCAGGGUAUCCUCUGGAUCCUGCUUGGCUUGUUGCUGUGUCCGGAACCAGGGACAGCAUCCCUGCCCCUCCUCAUGGAUUCUGUCACCCAGGCUCUCGCUGAGCUGGAGCAGAAAGUGCCGGUCACGGAGGCCAACCACACUGUCUCUGUGUGGCACCUGUCAGCCUGGGACUCUGAUCCCCACGAUCCCCUCCAUCACUUCCUGCUAAAGGAACGAAGUCUCAAAGUCACCAAGUUGGAUCCUUCUGCACUGAGCCCAGAGCUGCAAGGCCUGAUGGAGGAGGUGGCCCGACAUGCUGUGCGGGGUGGGCGGGAAUACGGGGUGGUACUGGCCCCCGAUGGCUCGACGGUGGCUGUGGAGCCUCUUCUGGCAGGGCUGGAAGCAGGGCUGCAGGGCCACAGGGUCAUAGACUUGCCCUUGGCCAGCACAGCCACCCCUCUGGGUGCCGGAGACACCUUUCCAGAUGUGGGAGCUGAGGUUUCUGAUGCAAGAGCCACCUCCCCAGGACUCAGGGAUGUCUCUCCAGAUGUCAGCUCUGCAGAUGUCAGGGCUACGUCUCCAAAUGUUAGAACCACAGAUCUCAAUGUAGGGGCCAUCUUUAAAGAUGACAGAGUCACCUCUCCAGAUGACCAAACCUCCUCGCCAGAUGCCAAAGCAAAGUCUCCGACCACUGUGGACAGCCUCCUGGUGGUCACCUUGGCCAGAGACCUGGGCCUGGCCUUCCUCCAGAACCCUCAAACCCAGAGCCACCCAGGCCUGGGAGCUGAGGGCUGCUGGGACCAGCUCUCUGUCCCCAGGAAGUUCACACUCCUGGACGCUGAGGCAUCACCGGUUACCACAGCCUUCCUCAACGGUGCUCUGGAUGGGGCCCUCCUUGGGGACUACCUGAGUCGGGCCCCUGAGCCCCGGCCACCCCUCCACCACCUCCUGAGCCAGUACUAUGGAGCUGGGGUGGCCGGAGAUCCGGGACUUCGAAGCAACUUCCGACGGCAGAACGGAGCUGCUCUGACUUCAGCCCCUGCCCUGACCCAGCAGGUGUGGGGCGCCCUCAUCCUGCUACAGAGGCUGGAGCCAGCACACCCUCAGCUGCAGGGCUUGAGCCAAGAAGAGCUGGCGCAGGCGGCCACCCGUGCCGCCAAGGAAUUCACUGAGGCCUUCCUGGGAUGCCCGGCCAUCCACCCCCGCUGCCGCUGGAGUGCGGCUCCGUACCGGGUGGGACCAACUGUGGGACCCUUGGGUCCGGGGGCAACCCUGACGCCGCGCGGUGCCUGCCCCCCUCUCCGCAGUUUCGUGGUGGGCUCAGACGGCUACGUGUACGAGGGCCGAGGCUGGCACCGGGUAGGCGCGCACACUCUAGGCCACAAUAGCCGCGGCUUCGGCGUGGCCUUCCUCGGCCACCGCCAGCUCGUGCGUACCGAGUGCCCCGGCGACGCGCUCUUCCACCAGCUGCGCAGCUGGCCACACUUCCACGAGAAUGUAUAGCCAAGGACUGCCAAGAGCGCCUCCAGGAGAUCCAAGAGGAAGCCGCCUCUAGUGACCAUGCCGGCCACAGACCUCCAAUAAAGAGACUGUGUGAAGAAA